AUGUGCUAUAUACAUCUAGCGUGUCGCGCCGCGAAGCAACGCCGUGUGCACUCUUGCAAAAGGAAGCGUCGCAGCGCCAACAGCGUCGCAGCGUCGCUCCCGCGUCGCAGCGUCGCAGCGCCUACAGUGUCGCAGCGUGGAUCCCGCGUGGCAGCGUCGCAGCGUCGCAGCGCCAACAGCGUCGCAGCGUCGCAGCGCCAACAGCGUCGCAGCGUCACUCCCGCAGCGUCGCAGCGCCAACAGCGUCGCAGCGUCACUGGCCCAACGGCAGCGUCGCAGCGUCGCAGCGUCACAGCGUCGCCGGCCCCUGGCAGCGUCGCAGCGUCGCAGCGUCGCAGCGCCACCCGCCUUCAGAGCGUCGAAGCGUCGCAGCGUCGCAGCGCCACCCGCCUCCGGGAGCGUCACAGCGCAACGUCGGAAACCCACGUUUUGGCCCCCUUUGCCCCUGCACUGGGAUUCCAAGGCCGCGGAGAUCAGCGAGAUCAUUCUGGGCGGCGAGGAGCAGAGAUCAAAUCAUCUCAAGCUCCUCAAUUUCAUCAGCUGGGUGCAUCAUUUGCCCGGCAUGCCCCAGGGAUGGAGGUGAAAGCCGAUGAUGAAAGCGAAGCUUCUGAAAAUGCGGCGGAGGAGGCGAUCAGAAAGAGGGAGGAGGACAGACAGGAAGAGCUGCGGCUUGCAAUGGAACAGUUCCCUCUAUGGGCACGACCUCUGAAGAUCGGUUGCAAGCAAGUUCUGGAGCUCGGACUGAUCAAUGUCGCACCAGAUACGAACACGGCCGAAUCGACAUACAAUCAAGACACCGGUGGCGUGUUGAACCCACCAACUGAAGGACAAAUUAGAGCGUGGUGGGAAGCGAGGGCCAGGCCGGAAAAGUCUAUGCCAAUGAUCAUCCGGACCGUGAUGAAGAUUGAGAAGAUGAUGGAGUUCAUGGUGGAAGCAGGACUCUCACCUCAGGACAUUCAGAAUCUGACGCCUACGGCCGAGGAUCGAUUGCACCACAACAGGAGGCGCAAUAUCGAGAUGUCCAUGGAGGCAACGCACUGUGGAGUUACGCUCACCAAGGAAAUGCAGGAACGCAUGGAAUAUGCGUGGGCACUGGCCAAGACCAAGGAAGAGAAGGGGCAGAAAGGGCUCAUCGACAUGAUGCUUCCUCAGCGUGGCACUACGGCAUCAGCAGCUGCUGCAGUGGAAGAUCAUUUGGAAUCCACUUCCCGAGCAUCUUCAAGCAAGAACCCACCAAGACCAUCAUCAGCAUCAGACGUUAGCAAGACAAAGAAGCAGAAGAAGUAG